AUGUUAUCUUCUUCCUUCAAAAUUUUCAUUUUUGUAAUUUUUUUCCAAAUUUUAUUAACAAAAUAUAUUAAUGCUGAGGAAGAAAUAUUUAAACAAACAACAACAACAAUAUCCCCAACAACACAAAAAGUUGCCAGAAAAGUAAUGAAACUUGAAAGAAAUGGAAAUAAUUUUAAAGAAGUAAUGGAUAUUAUGGUGGUUAAUGGAAUGAUUAACAAAAAAACUUAUCAACCAAAGGAUCUACAAAUAUUGCUUGAAGGAUUUAGUGGAAAUUUUUUCUCUGAUUUGAAGAAGGCCCAAACAGAAUUAAAACAACAAACAGAACAAUUUAAAUCAAUCCGCACAAAACUGCAAACAAAAAUUGAAUGUUUAGAGAAAGAAUUACUUCAAGGGAAACAAUUUUUAAUGGUUCUUUGUUUUCUUUUGUUAAUUAUUUUGGUUUUGCUUGUUUUUGGGAAUAUUUGCUUAAUUAAACGUUUUAUGGCCAAGUUCAACAAAAAUGGAUUUAAACAUGUUCGAAUGACUGUUGGAGGAGAGGAUGUUGGGGAAAUGGAACAAAUUUAGAAGAAGAAAAAAAGAGAAAGAGAAAUUUUUUGAAGAUAUAAAUAGAGUUAGGAGAAAAAUAUAAAAAUUGGAAAUUUUUUUUGAAAAAUUUAAAAAAAAUUUCAGUUCUUUAAUUUUC